AUGUGGCUCUUAGCUCUGGUCCUGACUUCCCUCGGCUCCUUCACAGCUUGGGGGCUGGCGCCCUCACCGCCUGUCGUGGACACCGCUCAGGGCAGAGUCCUGGGGAAACAUGUCAGCUUAAAAGGAUUUGCACAGCCUGUGGCCGUCUUCCUGGGAGUCCCUUUUGCCAAGCCUCCUCUUGGAUCCUUGAGGUUUGCUCCGCCGCAGCCUGCAGAGCCAUGGAUCUUCGUGAAGAAUACCACCUCUUACCCUCCCAUGUGCUCCCAGGACCGAGUGGGGGCGCAGUUGCUCUCGGAUCUGUUUACCAACAGAAAGGAGAACAUUAGCCUCACGUUUUCCGAAGACUGUCUUUACCUAAAUAUAUACACCCCUGCUGACUUGACGAAGAGAAGCAGGCUGCCGGUGAUGGUGUGGAUCCAUGGAGGAGGUCUGAUGGUGGGCGGGGCAUCAACCUAUGAUGGGCUGGCCCUCUCUGCCCAUGAAAACGUGGUGGUGGUGACCAUCCAGUACCGCCUGGGCAUCUGGGGAUUCUUCAGCACAGGGGACGAGCACAGCCGCGGGAACUGGGGCCACUUGGACCAGGUGGCCGCGCUGCGCUGGGUCCAGGAGAACAUUGCCAACUUUGGAGGGGAUCCAGGCUCUGUGACCAUCUUUGGAGAGUCGGCAGGAGGGGAAAGUGUCUCCGUUCUUGUGUUAUCUCCCCUGGCCAAAAAUCUCUUCCACCGGGCCAUCUCUGAGAGUGGCGUGGCCCUCACUUCUGCCCUGGUCAAGAAGGACUCGAAGGCUGCAGGUGAGCAAAUUGCUGUCAUUGCUGGCUGUAAAACCACCACCUCGGCUGUCCUUGUUCACUGCCUGCGCCAGAAGACAGAGGACGAGCUCAUGGAGAUAACACUGAAAAUGAACUUUUUCGCUCUUGAUUUACAUGGAGACCCCAGAGAGAGCCAUCCUUUCCUGCCCACCGUGGUUGACGGAAUGCUGCUGCCAAAGAUGCCCGAAGAGAUGCUGGCUGAAAAGAAUUUCAACAAUGUUCCCUACAUGGUGGGAAUCAACAAGCAAGAGUUUGGCUGGAUUAUUCCACUGCUCAUGGGCUACCCUCUGUCUGAAGACAAGCUGGACCAGAAGAUGGCCACGUCACUCCUGUGGCAGUCCUACCCUCUCCUUAGCAUUCCUGAGGAACUGAUUCCAGUGGCCACUGACAAGUAUUUAGGAGGGACACACGACCCUGUCAAAAACAAAGACCUGUUCCUGGACUUGAUGGCAGAUGUGGUAUUUGGCGUCCCAUCUGUAAAUGUGGCCCGUCGCUACAGAGAUGCUGGAGCCCCCAUCUACAUGUAUGAGUUUCAGUAUCGCCCAAGCUUCUCAUCAGAGCUGAAACCCAAGACGGUGAUAGGAGACCACGGGGAUGAAAUCUUCUCUGUCUUUGGGGCUCCAUUUCUAAAAGAUGGUGCCUCAGAAGAGGAAAUCAAUCUCAGCAAAAUGAUGAUGAAAUUCUGGGCCAACUUUGCUCGGAAUGGGAACCCUAAUGGGGAGGGGCUUCCCCAUUGGCCAGCAUAUGACCACAAAGAAGGGUACCUUCAGAUUGGUGUCAACACUCGGGCAGCUGAGAAGCUGAAAGACAAGGAAGUGGCUUUCUGGAACGAGCUUCUGUCCAGGGAGGCGGCAAAGAAGGUACCACAGUCAAAACAUGUCGAGCUGUGA